AUGGAGAGAAAGGGGAGCCAGGGGGACCAGGCGAGCCAGGAGAACAGGGGGUUGACGGUCUGCCAGGCAUCAGAGGGCCCCCAGCACUUCUUGGGGCCACAGGGUGAGGUGGGAGCCCAGGGGCCAGAAGGUCCCCUAGGGGCAUUGGGUGUCAGGGGAAACCCAGGACCUGAGGGAAAACAGGGACUGAAAGGAGAGAAGGGAGAUGACGGCAGAGAUGGAUCACCUGGAAAGACAGGUCACAUCGGAAGGAGUGGAGAAAAGGGGAACAUAGGGCCGCUCGGUCUGCCAGGGCGUGAUGGCCUAAAGGGUUUGUUUGGCGAGAAGGGUUUGAAAGGCUUUGAGGGAUUUCCUGGGCAACCUGGGACAAGGGGCCUGCCGGGGGCACCUGGACUCCCUGGACUUCCAGGACCCUCAGUAAACAUGACCCUUACUCAACUCAAGGACCUUCAGUACCUGUCAGAUAAGCCCAACUACCCCCUGAUCCAGACCCUGCUGGACUCUCUGCACCAGGACCUGAGGCUGCUGGUAGACUCCCCUGAUGGCAGCAAGGAGCACCCUUCCACCACCUGCAUGGAGCUGUGGCUCUGCCACCCCGACUACGCCAGCGCCGAUGUGAGCAAGACCUUUAAACAGGUCAACAUUCACAAGACAGAUUACGGCCAGACGGAUUACGAGGCUGUGUACUCAGAGCAUGCGCAGACGAACUGUUCCUCCAAGUUCUACAGCUGCACCAUCAAGAGCAUCCUGGCGGGUUGCAUCACCUGGUAUAGCAACUGCUCUGCAUCCGACCAUAAGAAUGUGUCCCUAGAGAAGUACCCGCUAGAGAAUGUGUCCCGAGAGAUUGUGUCCCUAGCGAAUGUGUCCCUAAAGAAUGUGUCCCUAGAGAAGUACCCGCAAGAGAAUGUGUCCCUAGAGAAUAUGUCCCUAGAGAAGUGCACGCUAGAGAAUUUCUAUUACCCAGGGGCCAAUGUGGUUCAGAUGCGUUUCCUGAGGUUGCAGAGUUGGAAAGCCGUGCAAAGGAUCAUCUACUCAUGCCACCCGGGACACAGGCUGGGUCACACAGACAGAGAGGUCAAGUUCCUGGCAGACACAAGGAGGCAGAGUUUCUUGGGAGCACUUAAGGACUGCAUGCCUGGAGAAGAGGUGGAUUCUCUGGAGCCGCGGGAGUCUGUGUUUGAAUUUGAGGACCUCAACCUGCUUCCUGUGAGAGAUGUGGCUGUCUUCGGGGGUGGAAACUUCACACAUGAAUUUGGCUUCACCAUCGGGCCCAUCUGUUUCAGCUAG